AUGGCCUUUUGGACCCUGGCUGCCGGCGCGGGAUGGAACGACAGGGCCCUGAUCAACCACUAUCGCUGCAGUUUACACGAGGACGUCCGUUGUGAGUUGGCCUGCAAGAACACCACCCUCACCUUUGACCAGCUGGUGGACCUGUCCAUUCGGCUAGAUAACCUGCUGGCCACCCGCGGACGUCCAGAUUGGGUUCUCUUUGUGAGACUGGAGAAGGGAGAGGACAUUGUGAGACUGGAGAAAAAGGACGACAUUGUGAGACUGGAGAAGGAGGAGGACAUUGUGAGACUGGAGAAGGAUAUUGUGAGACUGGAGAAGGGAGAGGAUAUUGUGAGACUGGAGAAAGGGAAGGAUAUUGUGAGACUGGAGAAAGGAGAGGAUAUUGUGAGACUGGAGAAGGGAGAGGACAUUGUGAGACUGGAGAAAGGGAAGGAUAUUGUGAGACUGGAGAAGGGAGAGGAGAUUGGAGAGGACAUUGUGAGACUGGAGAAAGGGAAGGAUAUUGUGAGACUGGAGAAGGGAGAGGAGAUUGUGAGACUGGAGAAGGGGGAGAACAUUGUGAGACUGGAGAAGGGAGAGGACAUUGUGAGACUGGAGAAAGGGAAGGAUAUUGUGAGACUGGAGAAAGGAGAGGAGAUUGUGAGACUGGAGAAGGGGGAGAACAUUGUGAGACUGGAGAAGGGAGAGGACAUUGUGAGACUGGAGAAAGGGAAGGAUAUUGUGAGACUGGAGAAGGGAGAGGAGAUUGUGAUACUGGAGAAGGGGAGGACAUUCACUUUCCCGCCACUGCGACUGGAAUCCAAAUCGCUGGUCACUUCAGCCACUAUGUUCGCUUUUGGAGUCAUGGGGAACCUCAUUGCCAUUGUUGUGUUGUGCAUCUCAAAGAAAGAGCAGAAGGAGACCACGUUCUAUACGCUGGUUGUUGGAAUGGCUAUCACGGACCUGUUGGGCACCUGUUUCACCAGCCCGGUGGUUAUCGCCACCUACAUAGCCCAGAGGUGGCCCGGUGGAGAGCUACUGUGUGACUUUUUCUCCUUCUCUAUGCUCUUUUUCGGCUCGGCUGGAAUGUCCAUUCUGUGCGCCAUGGCAGUAGAACGAUACCUGGCCAUAAACCACGCGUAUCUUUACUCCCAAUACAUUGACCGGACGACGGCGCGUUUGGCGCUCAUGGGCAUCUACCUGGCUAACAUUGUGCUGUGCAUCAUGCCCAGCUUUGGUUUCGGGAAGCAUGUGCGCCACUUCCCGGGCACGUGGUGUUUUUUGGACUGGAGGGCGACGGACCCCCUCGCUGCCUCGUACUCGUUUCUGUAUGGCGGGUUCAUGCUGGUGUUGAUUGCGGUGACAGUUCUGUGCAACUUCGCAGUGUGUCGGUCACUUGUGGGGAUGAGCCAGAAGACGCGGAUAGUGAGAGCGAAGGUGUCCGCGCAAGUAGGCUCACGGCGCGUGUUCCUGCCCUCGGUCACCUGCCCGUCUGCGGCUGAGAUCCAAAUGUUCUGGCUGCUGAUAUUUAUGACCAUCGUUUUCCUGGUGUGCUCCAUUCCUUUGGUGGUGCGCAUCUUUGUAAACCAGCUGUAUGGUCCUUCCAACAUCUGUGCCGGAGUGAAUCCAGAUUACCGCAGUGAUCUGAUGGCCAUUCGCUUCGCCUCGUUCAACCCCAUUCUGGACCCCUGGGUAUACAUCCUCUGUAGGAAGAACCUGUUGGUCAAGGGCUGUGAGAGGGUAAAGAAGACAGUUGGACAAGUCAAGGCGGGCCGCGGGCGUAAUUUAGGCUGGGUUGGAACUAGCAGUCAUCAUUCACUCCCGUCGUUUGAACACAGCAACGAGACCAGUUACGCGUCAUUACGCACGACCAACUACAGAAACGAUUCGGAGACCCAGGUUACCACCAAAAAUAAAUCGUUUACAGACUUUACCAUGCGACAAGCCUGGGACCUUGACACGGCGCAGGCGAACUUUCAUCCGUUUAGUGUAGACCAGACUACCGUGAUCGGUUUCGAGGCGGAGAUAGCGGUGGUGUCCAACCCGGCCAUGAUCGCGUCACAGCUCGGAAGCAGCGAGGCGCUUCCGGAGAUGUGCUCACCAGCAGGUCUUCAUAGCCACGUCAGUAAAGUGGACAUCGUCACCUGUACCUUCAGCACACUAAGCUCCUGUCAAUCGGAGAAGUGUCUCUGA